GUGGCGCCGUGGCAAUGGCCUCAAACACGGAUGAAAAGUUGACAAAAGUCAUAUAUAUUGAAGUUGACAAAAACUUUAGUUUAAACUAAUGAGGAGAAUAACAUAAUUAUACAACAACAAAAAAAAAAAACACUUCCUAUCUUUAUCAUUACACAAAUUCACGUAUAGACGUGCCAUAAGAUAAGAAUAACACUUUACUCUUUCUUAAUUCUUCUACUCUAUAAUAAGUAAGUUGCUGACCAAAAACACAAAAACCCAGAAAAAAUAAAAAUGGAAGAUGAAACUUUAAUCCACAAAAACCAAAACAAAACUUACACAAGAGUUUUCUCACAUGCACAAGAUGAGUUACAUAGUGUUCGUACAUAUCUUAGUUGGAUGUGUGUUGACCAAUCAAUUUAUUUCAAUACAUUUCUUUCAUGGUUUGUAUUUCUCAUAUUUGCAAUCAUAGUCCCUGCAAUUUCCCAUUUUUACCUCACUUGUCCUUCUUGUGAUGUCAAGCAUAAACAACCAUACGACGCCGUUGUGCAACUUUCACUCUCUAGCAUUGCAACGCUGUCGUUUCUUUGCCUUACACAUUUUUCAAGGAAGUAUGGUGUUAGAAGGUUCUUGUUCUUUGAUAAACUUGUUAAUGAGAGUGAUUCUGUUAGGCAUCAUUAUACUACUCAACUAAAUAGAUCUUUGAACAUAUUGUCUGGCUUUAUCCUCCCAUGUUUUGUAGCUGAAUGCACCUAUAAAGUCUGGUGGUAUGUUUCUGGGGCUUCCCAUAUUCCCUUCUUGGGCAACGCCAUUUUAAGUGACAUUGUAGCGUGCUCGUUGGAGCUAACCUCAUGGAUUUAUCGUACCUUAGUCUUUUUCCUGGUCUGUGUUCUCUUCCGCCUGAUCUGCUACCUCCAGAUCCUACGGCUCAAGGAUUUUGCUACUGUUUUUGAGGUAGAUUCAGAUGUGGCUUCCAUUCUGGUGGAGCACUUGAGGAUCAGGAGGCACCUUAGGAUCAUAAGCCAUCGUUAUCGUGCAUUUAUCUUAUGUGCCUUGAUGUUGAUCACUUUAAGCCAACUUACUUUCUUGACGCUGACUACAAAAGCCAAUGAUGUGAGCAUUUUCAGAGCCGGAGAACUUGCACUCUGCUCUGUGACUCUACUGGCAGGGCUGACGAUAAUACUGCGAAGUGCUACAAAGAUCACACAUAAGGCACAGGCAAUAACAGCUCUUUCAGCAAAGUGGCAUGUUUGCGCAACAAUUGACUCCUUCGUCACCUCUGAGACUGAGUUACCGGGAACCAACAACAUUAGCAAUGCUGUGUGUUCUAAUGCCAGUAGUGUAGAUUCAGAUGAUGAUGAUGCUGGUGAUGAGGAAGAUGAUGUCGAUAAUACCAAAUUUCUUCCAGCUUAUGCCUACAGUUCUAUGUCCUUUCAGAAACGACACGCUCUUGUGACAUAUUUGGAGAAAAACAAAGCUGGGAUUACAUUGUAUGGAUCAAUGUUGGAUAGAACUUGGCUUCGACUCAUUUUUGGUGUUGAGUUGUCCUUAGUACUCUGGCUGCUCAAAAAAACCAUCACUAUUUAAUGAACUAAUCAUCAAUUUUUGUGAUUUUGGCACCUCAGAUUAGAUCCAACCAUCGGUUAUUUGAUCGUUUUGGCGCGUGAUUUUUGAGAAUUUAAGCAGCUUAUUAUGAUUGGAUUUGCAGCUUUAGUUGGUUUAAUCUUCCUUUAAAGAUUGAGAUACUGUACUGUAGUGUUAUACUUACUCUUAACUAUAAGUUCUAAAAUACUUUCAGACCUUCCUGUUGUAGAUUUUAUGGUGUUCUUUUGGCUUCUUUCUUGUACAGUUGUAUGUAAGGCGUAACAUCCCAAGUUAUUCCCCAACUAAUUGCUAUGAAUUGUGGCUUUCCCAGUUCC